AUGUGCCGAGUCGGUUUGCUGGUGGUGCUGGUCUUCUCGGCGGCAUCCGCACACCCCUCUCCGCUGCGAGCGCCCGUGUCCGAGUGUCCGCCGGAUACCCCGGACGGUGCGCGUGUCUUCAUCGCCAGCAACGAGAGUUGCACCGACUUCUACAUGUGCUCCCACGGCGUGCCGUACAAGCUCACCUGCCCGGGGGACCUGUACUUCAACGUCGUCACCGGCCAGUGCGACUACAGACAAAACGUCAACUGCACGGUGCCGUCAGCACCGACGCGGUCGCCGGACUCGACGACCUCGAAGCCCGCUCCCACUGGGCUUCAGCGGCUUGUGCUCGCUGAGCUCGAGCUGGAGGAGCUCCAGCGGUGUCCGGAGACGGACGGCCCGUACCCGGUCAUGUUCCCCAACCCUGACGACUGCUCCUCCUACUUCAUGUGUUCGCAUGGCGCCGAGAAGCUGAGGCCGUGUCCGCCAGGGCUUUUCUUCAACAACGACACCUGGACGUGCGACUUCUCGUGGAGGGUGAACUGUGCGCAGCCGACCGAGUCGCCUGACAACAGUACGGCCCUGAAGGAUGCUCCCGCGCUCCAGACUCUCCAGCUUGUUUCUGACGUUCCCAGCGGAUGUCCCGAAGAAGACGGGGUGUUCCCGGUCUUUCUUCCCAAUCCCGACAACUGCGGUUCAUUUUACAUCUGCAGUCACGGCAUUCCCUACCUGGAAAUAUGUCCUCAGGGUCUUCUGUUCAAUAACGACACAUGGAGCUGUGACUUUCCCGCCAAUGUGGAUUGCAAUCAAACCAGUAAUGCGGUGGUUCCAGAGCCGCUGACACUUGAUAUGGAGGUCGCCGACGUCAGUGGAUGUCCGGAUGUUGACGGAACGUAUCCUGUCUUCCUCCCCAAUCCUGCCAACUGUUCGACAUUUUACUUGUGUAGUCAUGGGGUUCCUUACCUGCAAACUUGCCCACCGGGACUUCUGUUCAGCAAUGACACGUGGAGCUGCAAUUUUCCGCAGUUUGUAGACUGCGCUCAAGCGAACGAUAUCCUAGCUCUAGAGCAAAUUGAUGAUGUUUCAGAACCCAACGGCCAAUGUCCCGAAGUUGAUGGAAAGUAUCCUGUCCUGCUACCCAACCCCGCCAAUUGCUCAACUUUCUAUAUGUGCAGUCAUGGCGUUCCGUACCUCAAAGCCUGUCCUGAACACUUGCUGUUCAAUAACAGCACAUGGACCUGUGAUUACUCCGACAAUGUGACUUGCGUGUAGUUCGAUGACCUAUGUGUGACCUCUCGAUGGCGACGAGCUUUGCUUGCCUCUUGCUUUACUGUUCCGAUGCUUUAAACUUGGUAACGGCUUGACAUACCGGGGUCGUAGCGUGUGUCUGAAUGAUGAGCACGAGCUUGCGUUGACGAAUAUUGUCGCAGUCUGCCUACGUGAUAUUGUACAGUGUUUUUCCGCAUUUGAUAGUUGUGGAUCGUGGUGUUUUAGUGCAGAUGCAGGGAUGAAGCCAGGGGAGGAGAAGCCUUUU